GAGCGGGGCGGUCGCAUCGCGCACUCCCCAUUGGCUGCGGGCGGCGGCGAGUCGGGCCCGGGCCUGCGAUUGGCUGUCCGGGCCGGUCACCCGUGGCCCGAGCAGGCCGCGGGCUCUGGGCGGCGAUGGAGGCCGCAGGGGUGCUGACUCGUUCGGCUGCGCGGCGGCUGGGACUGGCGGCCAAGGAGCCGGAGGCGCAGGAGGAGCCGGGGCAGCGACCGAGGGGGCGGCGGCGGCGGCGGCGGCCGGGGCGGAGAACUAAAGAGGAUCAAGAAGAAGAAGAAGCAGCAGCGGUCUUUCGAGAAGUGGUCAAUUUUAGUCCAGAUCCUUUGCCAGUUAGAUAUUAUGACAAGGAGACCACCAAGCCUAUCAGCUUCUACCUGUCUUCACUGGAGGAGCUGCUGGCCUGGACGCCCCUCAUGGAGGACAGUUUCAAUGUGGCGUUGCAGCCCUUAGAGUGUCGCCAGCCCCCACUGAGCAGCCGCAGGCCUCGGACCCUGCUGUGCCAUGACAUGAUGGGCGGCUACCUGGAAGACAGGUUUAUUCAGGGCUCAGCGGUGCAGAACCCCUACUCCUUCUACCACUGGCAGUACAUCGACAUCUUCGUGUACUUUAGCCACCACAUGGUCACCAUCCCCCCGGUGGGCUGGACCAAUGCUGCCCACAGGCAUGGGGUCUGUGUGCUGGGGACGUUCAUCACGGAGUGGAGUGAUGGGGCGAAGCACUGUGAUGCCUUCCUGGCUGGGGACUCACGCUCCUACCAGACAGUGGCCAAUCAGCUGGUCCAGAUUGCCCAGUUUUUUCGUUUUGAUGGCUGGCUGAUCAACAUAGAGAACUCUUUGAGUGUGGCAGCUGUACGGAACAUGCCCGCUUUCCUGCGAUAUCUGACUGCUCAGCUCCACCAGCAAGUCCCGGGGGGACUGGUGCUCUGGUAUGAUAGUGUGACACAGAGCGGAGAGCUCAAGUGGCAGGAUGAACUCAAUGAACGUAACCGGAUCUUCUUCGAGUCCUGUGAUGGCUUCUUCACCAACUAUAACUGGCGGGAGGAGCACCUGGAGCGGAUGCUGGGGCAGGCUGGCGAGCGCCUGGUUGAUGUGUAUGUGGGUGUGGACGUAUUCGCCCGUGGAAAUGUAGUUGGAGGCCGAUUUGACACUGACAAGUCGCUGGAACUGAUCCGCAAGCACGGCUUCUCUGUGGCUCUGUUUGCCCCUGGCUGGGUGUAUGAGUGUCUGGAAAAGAACAACUUCUUCCAGAACCAGGAUAAGUUCUGGAAUCUGCUGGAACGCUACCUGCCCACACACAGCAUCUGCUCCCUGCCCUUCGUCACAUCCUUCUGCCUGGGCCUGGGGACACGAAGGGUCUGCUAUGGACAGGAGCAGGCUGUCGGGCCUUGGUACCACCCGAGUGCCCAGGAAACACAGCCCCUGUUUGGUGAACACAAGCUGCCUGGUGAUGGCCGGGGCUGGGUGAAGGUGCACUGCUGCCUGGCAGACUCCUGGCAUGGGGGCAGCUCGCUGCUUCUGCAGGGGUUGAUCCCACCUGAGGUUGGCAGUGUGGCUGUGAGAUUGUUUUCCCUGCAGGUUCCAGCACCACACAAAAUCUUCCUGUCCUUGGUGUAUAAGCUUGAAGGGUCCACGGACGUCACAGUUGCCUUGGAGCUCACUACUGGGGACUCUGGCAGCUGUCACAUUGGCAGUAUCUCGGUGCUGAAUGCGGAAACAGGUUCAAGGCACAGACCCCGACCCCUCCGGGUGCCGCCCACCAAACUGGCCAGAUGGGUGGGCCGCUGCGGCCAGCAGCUCAGUGGGGGCUGGAUCCAGCGGUGCUACGAGGUGAACCUGCGUGGGUGCCUCCUGCGGGACCUCUUUGUGAACUUGUCACGGCCCCCAGGCAGUCAGGAGGAACAGCGCUUCAUUUGUCGCCUGGGAGAGAUCCAGGUGGUGGAUGCCAACAGCUUGCUGGCCCCCUUGCCCCAGGUGCAGAACGUCACUGUCACACAAGUCUGCUGGCAGCGGCCCGCCUCUGAGUCGGAGGGGCUCUUGGGCCAGCUGAGGCUCAGCUGUACCCUGCACUGGUCCUACCUCCUCCUCCAAGUCCGCUGUUUCAGAGUCCACUGCUGGGAGCAGACAAGAGGCAGCUCUCCAGGCAGGGAGCCGCUGGGGCCAGAGAAGCCCACAUUCCUGGGUCUGGCUUUUGUCAACCAGUACCGUGUGGUGGACUUGGUGGUAGAGGCUGCUGGGCCCGGCCAGGAGGCCCGUGUGGAGUUCCUCGUGGAGCCCGUCCCCAGGGAGGGCUUUCGCGUCCCUCAGGCCGAGUGGGGCAGGGCAGCCCUUCUCUACUCCAUGCCUCCGUGAGCCAACACCUCCUCCCUUGAGACUCUCCCUGCCCUUGGCUGGCUGUCCUGGGUUUCGCUGGGACCCUGCUAGGUAGGGCCAGGUGUUAAGAGGCUGGGCCCGCAGGAUGAAGGCAGUUUGCUGAAUGAUGGUCCCAAAGUGGGCACACGGGCCUUGUGUUUGUGUGUAACCCUCUCUACAAUGUAUGGUUCUGAGGGGAAAUGGAAAGGAUGUGGGGGGUUUUGUCCAGAAAACUCCAUAAAGGAUAUUUUCAAAUAGGUUGAAAGGUGUUGAUGCUGAGAGCAGUGACCAUUUAUUCCUGCAGAUCACACAAUUAGAAAUGAAUUGUAAACUGGUAAACUAUGGCAGGAAGGCUUUGGAGCAGGCCCGAUCCUUUGGAUCAGAGGACUGGGAUGCAGUGGCCUUGAGGGUAGCAGCAGAAAGGAGGGGCCCCAGAGUGGGAGAUGGUGCGCUGGAGCUCAGGGCCAGACUGGCACCGCAUCACACUGCUUCUGAGCACCGUGGGCCAUCAUGGUCUGGACCACCUUGGGGGUUUGCUGGCUCUGACAAGUAAAUGUCCCCAUAGCCAAGUCCCUUCACUUCUGUUGCAGCUCCUCCAGCCUUGGGCUCACAGCAAAGCUGCCUCUCUUGCAGCCUCCUUCCCCUGACAGUGCUGGGCGGGGAAGCUUCCCCCGGUGUCUCUGUGCCGUGGGUAACGCUGUGUUUUCCCUGCUUCCCCUUCAGGUGCCAUAUAGGGUCCGUUACAAUCCUGCACAGGGUCGGAGGUUCUCAGGGAUGUUUGACCCUGGCCACAUUGGCCCCUUGGUGGGGUGUACCUGGCAGUCCUCCUGCCCUUUUCCUGUGCUUUAGGUAUGGUGCUGAGGUUCAGAAUACUGUGACUCCAUAGGGUCACACACACGGGCCAGGUCCAUGGAUUUUACCCUGUGGUAAGGCAGGACUGCAGCAACCAUUUCUGUCCUUGGAGACGUGAGGAGAUGGAUGGGCUGGGUCCUGCUCAGCGCACUGAGGCCUGGAGGGCAAAGGUCUCCUGCAGGGGCUGAGCUCUGUCUACUCCCACCUCCCUGCUUUCCCAGGGCCUCUCCUCUUGAGCACAGUAGAACAGGGCAGAAGCCUGGGGCUGGGUUCUGAGCUCCUUCCUGACUGGAAACACUCACAUCUUACAUAGACAGAUGAGGAUCCAGCAUCCAAGGCAGGGCCAUGACUCUGCUGACUGCUCCAAAGCUGAGGUCACCAGGCCCUGGGCUCUUCCCAAGGCCCUGUAGCCAUUCAGCAGGCCUGAGGGGGUAGGGGCUACCACUGCUGCUUUAGCUCCUCACUUGCUUUCUCCAUGGUGGUUUCCUGCAUUGACAAUUCCCUGAGCACCUAAGCCUCCUUCCAUUGGGAAACGGGGGAACUGGCUGGGGGCUGCCUUCUGGCCUUGCGCCGUGCGUCCCCAGAAGAGGUUCAUCCUGGGCAGUAGGGUACAGCAGGCCAGACUACCUAUCUUGUGCCUUGAUACGGGGCAGCGCACCACUAAUGCCUGCUUCCCUCAUUUCCUGAGGUCUUUUUUUUAACAGUUCCUCCGAAUAUUUUAUGUAGAGAAGGAAGGAAAAUUUAUAGUGGCAAUUAUUUCCUCACAGUCUGGUGAGCAAGCAAUUAGAAAUAAGGGGGCUUAGUGGAGCGUGGCGCUCGGCAGAACCACACAACGCCACUCCCCCAGAGCGCGGCCUCCAGGCCCCACAGCACAGGCUCCUGUGCAGGAAAAUUAAUCUGCCGGCAUUUAAGCGGUGCCCCUCUGGUGGGUGUAAUCGCUCUGAAAUAAAUUAUCUGACGUGGUGAAAAAUGA